AUGGCAUCGACAGUAGCAUCUUUUCUCACUUUCUUGAUUGCAGGAACGAUAAUCACAGGUGCAUUAAACUCCAUUUUCACCAAGUUCCAGGAUCUCCAAUGUGUUUCAGGCUGCGAUACUCCGGGGAAGGAGCGAUUCUUUGAGGCUCCGGUUUUGCAAACAAUCCAGAUGUUUAUAGGAGAGAUGCUUUGCUGGAUACCAGUUGCAAGUGGUAAAUUUUUGGGCAGGAAGGUGCGCCGGUCUGAACAAGAUGAAGUGCAAACAGAUGCAUCUGCUACUACCAAUGAGCUUAGACCUUUAAUCAGCGAACAUGAAACCGGCGUUUCAAAGGAUAAGAAGAAGGUGUCCGAUUUUAAGACAUCAUUGCUACUUGCAAUACCCUCAACCUGUGAUCUUCUGGGAACCACGUUGAUGAAUGCGGGUUUACUCUACACACAGGUUUCCAUUUAUCAGAUGACUAGAGGGUCGAUUAUACUUUUUGUCGGCCUUUUCUCUGUUGUUUUUCUUGGAAGAAAGAUCAAUAGAAUAGAAUGGGCAAGUCUUUUUGUUGUUUUUGCGGGUGUUUUUCUUGUUGGCUUAAGUGGCUGGUUGAGUGAACUAAACACUGAAUCUUUGUAUUCAGUAUCUGCAACAAAGUUUACCGCGGGACAAACACUUUUCGGUAUAUCCUUAAUCUUUGUUGGCAUAAUGUUUUCCGCCUUCCAAUUUGUUGCCGAAGAAAGCAUUUUGACAAAAAUUGAGGUUCGACCACUCGAGUUGGUUGGAUGGGAAGGUUUAUAUGGCUGGCUAGUAAGCUUUGGUGUUGCUAUAUUUGCAUACAUACUCGUUGGAUCAAGGGAAAGUGGCAAAGAAGGCCAAUGGGAUAUUAUUUAUGAAAUCGAGAUAAUGUUUGAGAAUAAGAGCAUAUUGAUAUCAUCGCUUUUGAUUAUGCUUUCUAUUUCCAGCUUUAACUUUUUUGGCAUCUCGUUGACAGAAAAUCUGAGUGCUACUGCUCGUUCUACUAUAGACACUUCAAGAACCCUUUUGGUUUGGAUAAUAUCUAUUUGCAUAGGCUGGGAAUCAUUUAAAUGGCUUCAACUAUUUGCAUUUUUUUUGAUGGUGUUUGGAACACUCGUUUUUAAUGGUGCUGUGGUUAUUGACGAUUGGAAGUAUCUACCUUCGUUUCUUAGGGUCGAUGAACCAACAAAAGACUCAAUCCUUGAGGAUGAUGUAGAGGCCAAUCUCAAUCGUCGCUGA